AUGAAGGGGGACACCAGACACCUCAGUGAAGAGGAGGGCGCCAGCGGGAGGGAGGACUCCAUCAUCAUCAUCAACGGGGCCUGCAGUGACCAGUCCUCUGACUCCAAGGACGCCCCCUCUCCCCCCAUCCUGGAGGCCAUCUGCACCCCGGAGAUCAGAGGACUCAGCAGAUCCAGCUCCCGCCUGUCCAAGAGGGAAGUCUCCAGCCUGCUCAGUUACACUUAGGAUCUGACAAGAGAAGGAGAUGGUGAGGAAGAUGGGGACGGCUCUGACACUCCUGUGAUGCCACAACUGUUCCAGGAAACCAGGACGCGGUCUGAAAGCCCAGCGGUCCGAAACCGAAAUAGCAGUGCCUCCAGUCGAGAGAGGUACAGGCCCUCCCCACGUUCCACCUGAGGCCGCCAGGGCCGCAGUCACGUGGACGAGUCUCCCGUGGAGUUCCCGGCUACCAGGUCCUUAAGGCAGCGGCGGGCAACAGCAUCGGCAGGUACGCCGUGGCCAUCUCCGUCCAGUCCUUACCUCACCAUCGACCUCACCGAUGACAACGUGACCCCACAGAGCAGCAGUACCCCCUAUGCUGGCCUGACUGAGGACAGCCAGCAGGAGAACACAGAGUCCCCCCAGGUGGAUGCAGAGGGGAGAGAUGCAGACAACAGGGAAUAUCAGGAUGGGAAGGAGUUUGGAAUAGGGGACCUGGUGUGGAGAAAGAUCAAGGGCUUCUCUUGGUGGCCUCUUGCUAUGGUGGUUUCCUGGAAAGCUACCUCCACGCACCAGGCCAUGUGUUGCAUGCAAUGGGUCCAGUGGUUUGGAGAUGGCAAGUUCUCUGAGGUCUCUGCAGACAAACUGGUGGCCUUGGGGCUGUUCAGUCAGCAUUUUAACCUGGCCACCUUCAAUAAACUGGUGUCAUACAGGAAGGCCAUGUACCAUGCCCUGGAGAAAGCCAGGGUGCAAGCUGGCAAGACCUUCCCCAGCAGGCCUGGAGACUCAUUGGAAGACCAGCUGAAGCCCAUGCUGGAGUGGGCCCAUGGGGGCUUCAAGCCCACUGGGAUCGAGGGCCUCAAACCCAACAGCAAGCAACCAGUGGUUAAUAAAGCAAAGGUGUGUCGUGCAGGCAGUAGGAACUUAGAAUCAAGGAAAUACGAGAACAAGAGUCGAAGACGCACAGCUGAUGACUCUGCCACCUCCGACUACUGUCCCCCAACCAAGCGCCUGAAGACCAACUGUUAUAACAAUGGUAAAGACCGCAGAGAGGAAGAUCAGAGCCAAGAACAAAUGGCUUCUGAUGUCACCAAUAACAAGGCCAGUCUCGAAGAUAGCUGUUUGUCCUGUGGUAGGAAAAACCCUGUGUCCUUCCACCCUCUCUUUGAGGGUGGUCUCUGCCAGACCUGCCGGGAUCGCUUCCUCAAGCUGUUCUACAUGUACGAUGAUGAUGGUUAUCAGUCCUAUUGCACCGUGUGCUGCGAGGGCCAUGAGCUGCUUCUCUGCAGCAACACGAGCUGUUGCCGGUGCUUCUGUGUGGAGUGCUUGGAAGUGCUGGUGGGCACAGGCACAGCUGCGGAUGCCAAGCUUCAGGAGCCCUGGAGCUGCUACAUGUGUCUCCCCCAGCGCUGCCACAGGGUCCUGCGGUGCAAGAAGGACUGGAAUGUGUGCCUGCAGGCCUUCUUCACCAGUGACAUGGGGCUUGAAUACGAGGCCCCCAAGGUGUACCCUGCGAUUCCCGCAGCCAAAUGGUGUCCCAUUAGAGUUCGGUCACUGUUCGAUGGAAAUGCCACAGGUUACUUGGUUCUCAAAGAGUUGGGCAUUAAAGUGGAGAAGUAUGUCACCUCUGAAGUGUGUGAAGAAUCCAUUGCUGUUGGAACCAUUAAACAUGAGGGAAAUAUCAAAUAUGUGAAUGACGUCAGGAAUAUCACCAAGAAAAACACUGAAGAGUGGAAUCCAUUUGAUUUGGUGAUUGGCGGAAGCCCAUACAAUGACCUAUCAAAUUUGAAUCCAACCCAAAAAGGCCUGCAUGAGGACACUGGCAGACUCUUCUUCGAAUUCUACCACCUGCUCAAUUACUCGCGCCCCAAAGAGGGGGAUGACUGGCCGUUCUUUUGGAUGUUUGAGAAUGUUGUAGCCAUGAAGGUCGGCGACAAGAGGGACAUCUCACGGUUCCUGGAGUGCAACCCCGUGAUGAUUGACGCCAUCAAAGUGUCUGCUGCGCACAGGGCCCGAUACUUCUGGGGAAACCUACCAGGGAUGAACAGGCCUGUGAUAGCAUCAAAGAAUGAUAAACUUGAGCUGCAGGACUGCUUGGAAUUCAGUAGGACAGCAAAGUUAAAGAAAGUGCAGAUAAUAACCACCAAGUCCAACUCGAUCAACGGGAAAAAAAAACUUCUCCCCAUUGUCAUGAAUGGCAAAGAAGAUGUUCUGUGCUGCACUGAGCUCGAGAGGAUCUUCGGAUUUCCUGUACACUACACGGAUAUGUCCAACAUGGGCCGUGGUGCCCGCCAGAAGCAGCUCGGGAGGUCCUGGAGCGUGCCGGUCAUCAGACACCUCUUCGCCCCCUUGAAGGACUACUUUGCAUGUGAAUAG